ACAGAUUCUUCAUCAAAUAGUUCCAAAUUUAUUUCAACUUACAAAUAUCUUUCUUAACCUUAUUACAGAUUCUUGAUAUUUAGUUUUUUGCUACCGGAAAACAAAAUGGGGUUAUCGGAGAUUGUAGAUUCCGGCAAGGUCACCGGCCAGAAGUCUCAGUUUUCUCAGACUUGUAAUCUUUUGAGUCAAUUCUUGAAGAAAAAAGGUUCUUUUGGAGAUCUUAAUAAUCUUGGUAUUUACCGCAGUUUUGAACCAACUGGAAACCAAACAACUACCACUACUAUGAAUUUAUUGCCAAUGAUUGAAAAAUCAGGUGAUUCAGCUGAGAAAAAAUCUCAAAAACCAAUGAAUCUUUUUCCUCAAGAAGUUAUUUCUACUACAAAAUCUGAACCAGAAAAGGCACAAAUGACAAUAUUUUAUGGUGGUCAAGUUAUUGUAUUUGAUGAUUUUCCAGCAGCUAAGGCAAAUGAAAUCAUGAAAUUGGCUAGCAAGAAAAACAACAACAACAACAAACAGAAUUUGGCUACUAACAUAUUUUCUUAUCCUAUGGUAAAUAAUCAAAAUUCAGCUGAAUCUGUUACUACCAAUUUGACUCAAGAACUUCGUUCGCGAACUCACGUGCCAAUAUCACAAUCAUCUGUUGCUGAUUUACCGAUUGCGAGACGAAAUUCACUUACAAGAUUUUUGGAGAAAAGAAAAGAUAGAAUUACUUCCACUGCACCAUAUCAAAUUUGCAACAAAAAUGCAGCUUCUGCUAAGAAUGAGGAAAAUAAGGCAUGGCUUGGAUUAGGUGGUAAAUUUGUUCCAGUGAAAACUGAGCAGUUCUUUUAGUUAUUUUGGUAAUACUACUGGUAGACGGGGAGCCUUGGCGUAACUGAUGAAGUUGCUGCUAUGUGACCAGGAGGUCAGGGGUUUGAGCCGUGGAAACAACCUCUUGUAGAAAUAUAGGUAGGCUGCGUACAAUAGACCCUUGUGGUUUGGCCCUUCCUCAGACUCCGCACGUAGCAGGAGCUUAGUGCACUGGGCUGCCCUUUUUUUCAUUUACUACUAGUAAUUGACAAAGUAUUUUUCAAGUUUUUUUGCUCUUGGUUUCAAGCUUGAUUGAAGCCAAUAUUAUCUAACUAGAUCUGAUUUACUAUUAUUGAGACAUUUUUUGUAAUUAAGACUAAAGGAUGUUUGUUCAGUAUUUUAUAUGUAAAUUCAUCAACUUUCAUUGAUUUGUUAUAUUGUCCUAAGGCAAAUUACUUUGCUUUUCCAUU